AUGUUAUACUCUUUAUUUCAAUGUUAUAACGCCCAAAAAGUACCAUCGAUUGAACCUACCAAUUGGACUACUUGUGAUGAAUUUCUGAACGGCACCAGCAGUUUUAAUGUCAGCAGCCUCUUCGAUAUAGACUGGAAAAUUUUCUACUUCUGGAACACAAUCGACGAUGAAUCUUACACAGUGAGAUUCUCGCCAGCUACUCCUGUGUUAGUGGACCGUUUUAAAGCCGAGCUAAGGGGCGCAAACGAAUCCAUAGAUUGGGAUGACGCUGUCAUGUUUAUGGAAACUGGGAUAGACUUCAGCGCUCUCUAUUUAAAGACAACAGUGCCUGGAAAAUUCAGACUUAUAUCCACACUGAUAUUUCAAACUGAGAACAUAGACAUUUUAAUAUUUGGGUUGAAGUUGGUACCUCCGGGAUAUUUGGGAAUAAUGAAUUGUAAAUAUCGUUUGUGCUACGCCCUGGCUCCUGUUGACAAGAUGCCCGCAGAUAAGAAUAUUUUACCAUCAGCAAUGACGAUGGGUUUCCGUGGAGAUAGUAAUUAUUCGUACUUGAUGAAAUAUGACCUCCAUCGCAUGGCACAAUACAAUGAGGACGAUGCUGACGACGAUGAACAGAUGGAAGUGGAUGCAGCCCUGAAUAUUGAGGAAGACGAUUAA